UGUAGAUCUCGUACUAAGGUUCAACACUGCAAAUCGCUCGUUUACAAAAUUAUCGUUUAAUCGAGCGCUUGUCCAAUGAACUCGUAAGCGCAAAAACGACGGACUUGUAGCCGGGAAGAGAGCUUUCUGUCCUGCAAUGAGUAAAAAUCGUCGCAAAGUUACCGUGGGAGAGAAGUCAUCCGACGAAGAAGGGGGAUCGAAACGAAGCAAACCAAGCGUGUUUGAAAGACUUGGGCCUGGAGCCACUUCAUCGAGAAAAUCUUUCGAGGGAGAGAGACAGGACGCAGGAUUGUACCUGGAGAAAUGCCGUAAUUGGCUGAAAACAGGAAGCUGUCAUUACGGGACAACGUGUAGAUUUAUACACGGACCGUUCACAAGUGGACGUUCAAAGAGGAAGGGGGGUGAGGGAGAAGAGGACAGUGGUGACGAGGGUAAACAUAGAAAGCACCGCACGGACAAGGAAAAGCUGAAGGCCAGGAGCCAGUCACUAUCCCCAAAGAGGUCAUCCAGAGGUCAUGGCAGAAAGGAGAAAGAUGCCAAGAUGAAGUCUGCCAUUAUUGUGAAGAAAAGUGUGGGCGGUGGUGGAGACAGUGAGAGAGAAAGUGAUUCUACGCCUUGGGAUGCUGAGGACAGUGCCUUUGAUGACCUAGAUUACAAGGAUGAGCUUCAGCUAGAACAGAAACGUCAGGAGUUAGAACGAGUGUUACGUCAGCUUCAGCCCUCCGAGGAAGAGAGAGAGAAUAUCACAAUUGAGAAAAAGCAACUUUCUAGCAGCAGCGGUUCAUCCAGCUCCAGCAGUGGCAGUAGCAGCAGCAGUUCCAGCAGUAGCUCGGGCAGCCCUUCUCCACCCAGGAAGAAAAGUCAGCGACUUCCAAAAACCCCACCACGUCAUAGCAGAUCUCCACCCCGGCAUUAUGGCAAGUCCCCUCCUCACCCUGCAAGGACACCACCGUCACAGAUGGAACACUCUUCACCCUACAGGAACAAGGCUCCCCCUCUCCCGGACAGGUCAAGAUCUUCCCCUAGUCGUGACCCAUCCCCUCUCAGCCUGCGAGAAAGACCAUCAAAAAGGGAGACAUCACCACCCCCUGCCCAGCCUCGAGAACGAAGCCCUCCUGGAAGUCCCCAUCGUCCUCCUAGCCCUCGACACUCAGCCAGUAGUUGGAGCCCGGAGAAAGGCGCUGGUCACGGCAACAAGGGAGGCAAACUUGGUGGGAAAAAGAAGAAGCUGGAGAAACAGAAGGAGAAGUCUAGAUCUCGUCUGCCUCACAUGUCCAGCCCUCCGGAGUGGGAGCAAGAUGUCAAGGACAAAGACAGGGACAAGAGAAGGCUGUCUGGCGGUGAGAAAGACAAAUCAGGUCACCGAGAAAAGCACAAACGAAGAAAUCGGUCGCCUGCACCAGAGGAGAAGCCAAAAUCUCGCGGUGGUGAUGGCAGCCUGUCCCCCAGACCAAGAUCUCGUUCUAAACCCAAGGCUAUUCAUUCACCGUCUCCAGAGGCAGAUCGUAAGAGGUCAGAGGGCAGCAGUCGCCAUGAAGCUGGCUCUGAUUACAGCUCUCCUGUUCCCAAGACAUCGCGAAGGUCCGUCUCUCCGGUGAAGGAACGCUCUAAACGUGGGAAGAGGCGGGGGAGAACAUUGUCUGUCUCACCACUGAGAAUGAAGAAACUGUCUCCAGUACCAAAGAGUAAGGACCUUCCAAAAGAAAUCGAGAAAGAACCGAAGAAAGAAAAGGUGAAGGGUGGUUCCGUGGAACAUGUUUUCCACCAAGAGAAACCCCCUGAACAACUUAUGGCCAAGGAAAGGUCAAGAGGAAGGUCACCUACCCAGGCAACUGUUAAGGCUGAGAAGCAUAAGAAAAAGAAAGACUAUUCAAAUGUGAAGAAGAGGCAUGACUCUCCGGAUAUCACCCCUCCUCCUAAGCACUCCCGCAAGAGGAAGGAUUCUCCAGAAACCCCUGUGAAACAGUCGAAGAGAGCUUCCAAAGAGAGAGGUGGUCCAGAAACACCAGGGAGACGCUCAUCGAAGAGCAAGUCUGGCAAGCGUAAGGAGGGACGUAAAGGUCAGAAGGGCCAAGUAGACUGGGAGCAAUCACCGAACGAACCAGAGGAGAAAGGACGAAGUCGUGUGAUGGCUGAGACCUCGAGGUUGCGCCCCAGCUCCCCUGAGCUCCCACCUUCCAGGGGAAGGGACAAGCGACAUUCAUCCCCUCAGGACUUUGCUGCUCGCUCAAGGAGUGGGGAUUCCCGCCGCCCGGGCACACCCCAACGCAGACCCGAGAGCCCUCCAGAAGUGUUUCGCCCAGGGAUGAGAGGUUCGCCGCCGCGCUUUGCCAGGAGUUCACGGGAUGAUCCGGCAUUCCCCUCCAGUAUGCGUCGCCGUGGAGAUGACGAAUUCAGCCGACCUCCUGGAUCCUCAUCACCCUCAGGCCGUAGAAGCCGUGAAGGUCGUUACCGUGAUGACUUCGAGCCUGGCCUGGGACGCCGAGACCUGGACCCUGAUGGUCCCGGAAGACUGGAGCGCUUCAUGGAUCCGCGAGACCGGGAACGCCUGGCACGAUUCCCAGACCUUCGGCCACCUCUCUACGAUGAAGGGCCGACUUCCCGACUGGAACAGGAGCGCCUGUUUGAGAUGGAGCGAGCUCGAUUUGAGCGUGAGACUGACAGACUAAGGGGUCGUGAAGGAUUUGAGAGGGAGAGGUUUGGCAGAGACAGAUUCUCGGGACGUCCUGACAGGUUUGAUGAUGGUAGAGGAGGGCCCCUUGUUGGCCGUGACCCCCGGGGUUUGGGGGUCUCAGCACCCCCGUGGGAGAGGGAUUUUGGUGGUGCAGCACUGAGCUCGCGCGGCUUGGCAGGGGAUCGUUUCCCAGGAAGAGGUGGCUAUGAUGAUGAUCUUCCUGAUCGGCUUGGUCGCCGUGGUGACUGGGAAGGUCGCCACCUGGACUUCCGGGAUGAGUGGGGGCCACGGGGGCGAGAUGACCGGCGCGGCGAUCUGAGAAUGGGGCGACGCGGGGAAUUCCUUGACAUAAGGGAUGGCCGCCGAUUCGAAGACCCGGCAAUGUUUCGGCGAAUGGACAGGGAUGAAAUGCUGCGUCUUCGUCUGGAAGGUGACUAUAGAGAUCGCCGUGAACCAAGUAAUCCACGGGACAGUCUGUAUGUGGAUCUCCGCCGCGAGGAGAGAGGGGACCGCCGCGAUGAUCGCCUGGAGCGUGGGGAGGAGGCAUUUGAGCGAGGACGUCGAGACGAUCACAUGGACGAAAGGCUUUUGCGAAGAGAUGAACGCAUGGACAGGAGGGACAACUUACGCAAGCGACCUUUUGACCUUGAUGAUGACAAAACUCAGUCACCUCCCUCUAAGAGAUUACGUGACCAUUCUCCGUCCGCUACUUCACUGCGUAGCGGUAGUAACUUAGACGAGACCAGAGGUGCUGACUGGGAGAGAGCGGAGGUACGGAGACGGGACCAGUCUCAGGAAAUGGACCGCAGCAGGCGGGAUCAAGAUAUCGAACGUUUAGGAAAACGCGGCCGAGACUCAGAAGGGGAUCGGUUUAAAAGAGAAGCAGAUAAAUCUCGAGAGCGUACUGGAAAUCAAGAGAGUGUUAAAGAUGGUGUGCUGCGAGGUGACAGCCGCAGCUGGGAAAAAGAAGGCGAAGUGGAAGGAGACCAGAGGCGAGAUAGGAGGAAGAAAGGAGAGGAGAUUGAUCGCCCCGGGGGCAGAAAGAGAGGACGGGACCAUUCUAGAGGGGCAGGUGCAGAUAAAGACGAGGAUAAAGAACGAGAGAAGUUGAAGGAAGAUGGAAACAGAGAGAAGUCCCUGGGCGGAGCGAGUAAAGAGGGUGGGGAGAGAGAGGUAGACCGUGAGAGUGUGAAGAGUGGCAGUAGAGAAUCGGCCAAGGAUCGAGAGUCACGCAGGGAAAGAUCAGCCAAUCGUGAAAGAGAAAGGGACAGUGAAACAUUGAGUGAAAAAAUUUUGCCCGGUGAGAAAGGUUGGACUCAUGACCAGGAGAGAGACAGAGACACUCAGAGCGAGAAGGCUUGGCUGAAAGGCGACUGGGAUGACAAGGGGUCAGUGAGUGGGUGCAGUCGACAUGGUGACCGACCCCAUUCUGAGUACGGGGAAGGCGAUCGAGGUCGAGGGAGGGAGAGGCGGCGUAGGGUUGCCGUGCAGAAGAGCUUAUUGCAGCGAGGCGACAACGAGAGUGACAAAGCAAGCUCAAAGGGAAGUGCUAAGGGUCACUCGAAGAGUUUAGAAAGAGAAAGUGAGGUGGUGGGUGAAAAGGAGAGGAAAGACUCACCCACCCCUCAGAGUCCUGAAGCCCGUGAUAAAAAGAGAGAUAGGUCAGAAAAGUAUGACCCUUUUGCUGUGGAGAGCGACGAUGAGCAGGUUGAAGGUGGUGCACAGAAAAAAAAUGAUGAACGGGAUGCUGAUAUGUCGCAGAAGACUAAGAGACGCCUCUCCCCUGAGGCUUUGUCAACCCCGGGACCCGAGGACGGUGACAGGAAGAAACAGAAGAUGAUAGAGCUCUCUGAAGGCACCCUCACAGAAACACCCCAGGCUGAGUUGAAGAGGGAAGACCAGUUGAGAUCAGGAUCAGUGCCCUUCACAGGUGACAUGUCAGAUAAAGAAGAGCUGAAGUCAGCAGGUGGAGAAGUUUACAGUGAUUGGUCCAGUGCAGAUGAUGCUGAUGAGAUUCUGGGAAGGCCAGAGGCGGCACCAUUCGCAAGUCGAACAAAAAAUACUGAUAUGGAAAACUGUGACAGCCAGUCAAUACGUUCAAACCAGGAUCGAUGUCGACGAAGCCCGAGCCGCAGUAGUCAUGGAAGCAGGCGCGAUCGUUUGCGUGACGACCGGGUGCUUGAUGAGAGAGGCCGUGCAAGAAGCCGUGAGGAGAGGACACGGGAUGACAGAGGACAUCGCUCUCGGCAUUCCAGUCGGCACUCUAGUAGACAUUCGAGUUAUGACCCUCGCAAAGAUGACAGGAGAAGAUACGGGUCUGCAGAGCCUGCCACAUUACACGCCUGGGACAGACACGACAGGGGAGAUGCCACCUCGGAAAUUAACCAGCCAGAUGGAAAUAAAGCACAAAGUGUGUAUCCAGAUGAAGAGGAUGGGUAUGAGAAGAGCGACCUGCUCGGGACGUCCAUGGAUUACGAAACAAUCUCUGAUGACGGGGAUAUCGGGGUCGAAGAGGAACCAGAUGUUAAAGGAGUUGUCUCAGCGCUUAACAUCGAUUGGUCAAGCCUAACCCAGGACCAGCGUCCCGCCACCAAGCCAGGCUCCGCCCUCCAGCGCUUCAAACCAGCCAGCGUCUUCCAGCGCAUCGGCAUUGAGAAGGCAUAUGCGGGGGAGGAGUUGUUCUCCAAGUUGAAGAACCUUUGCCAAGCGGAGUUAGAGAAGGAGGGGGUUCCCAAGGAACCCAGGGAAAAUGGAGAUGGAGCAGAAGAGAAGGGCACAACGGAUCCUGGGAACGCCAGGGCCACCACCUCUGGGUUCAAACUGCACCAUGAGACAGCAGCAUUCCACGCAUCAUCUGUGUGCAAACUGAAGGAGCGUUUGAAUCUGUUCAGAAACAUUGGCAGCUUUAGGCGCGCACUCUGUGCCCGGCGCGACUUGGAUAUUCGCAGGCAGUUGUGCAGACUGGAUAAAAUACAGAUCAAGGGGAGACGACUCGCGGUACAUCAGCCAUUGACAGGCCAGACCUAAGCACCAGCUUGAUAAGUUUUGCAUGGGGAAGAAGAAAAGUUGAUAAAGAGAUUUUGAAGGUAGUUUCCAGCCAGGCAGCACCACCUUUGGCUGUUACUCAUCAGAAACCGUGGAUCCACCUGUUCCAAGAAGAGCGCUGAUGCUGAGAUUGGUGUUGUUGACAAAAAUCAGUUGAAAUCUCCAGGGCCCAGUUUCCCGUGCUGCAUACGAUAUUUUUUAUCGUACAUCACUCCUGUGGUAUUUUGUACAUCACUCCUACCGUAGCAUUGUCCUGUUUGUGCAUUUAUCGUACAUGUACAACAUCGUUGUGAAACUGGUCCCUGGUCAGCUCAGUGACAUCAGUACAUGCGUGCACAUGUAAUGCAUUACAUCUUUCUGUGCAGUUCACUUAUAAAGGGCUUUAUGGCCGAGUUUAUUCUCACAUAGUUUUGUUUGCACGAAUUUCUACCAAUGAAACUGACUUGAUGACGAUUGCCUCACCGAUAGUGGAUGUGAUUUUUUAACCAAGUUUUGACUGAUGUCCAUUCCUGUGCAUUGUAAUAAUUUAGAAGAAUCAAGGCUUUUGCAUUUAUAUGGAGUACAGGUGUCCCACUGGUCCUUGAAACCCUUCAAGGAACCCCAAUCUUCCAGGAAGUCCUUCAAGGUACCCCAAUCUCCCAGGAAGUCCUUGAACGUAUUUGGUAUGUUAACAUUGAAUUUCAUAUUGCAUUACGUCUGAAACUGAUGGCUAAAUAAUCUACCAAAGUAGCAUCCACUAAUUUCUUCGUGUUUGCAUUUAAACAGAAUGGUUCAUGAAAGUGCUGGUAAACAUUGGAUUUAGGAGCAUGAAGAAAACGGUUUCUAUCAUAGGUGGGAAACAUGAGAGUAACAGUAUUUCAGUGUAGAUUAUGGUUACCUGUUCACCAUUUUUUUUUCACUUCACAAGAUGAGAGUGCACCUGAUUUCAUUCCUUGUAAGAGACAGCUGUUCAGUUUGUCGUUUUGCCACAACCUGCGGAUGGUCGUGGUUUACAUCCGGGCUUUGCCCGGUUUCCUCCCACCACAGUGCUGGACGCAGUUGUAUAAUUUACAUAUUGUUGAGUAUGUUGUAAAGCGCCAAUCAAAGAAAUAAGUAACAUGUUGCCUUAAAGCAGUGACAUCACACCUCAUAGUUCUGUCUUCCACUACUCUUACACUGGACAUCGAAAGCAUUUAGUCCGUUAAAAUGCCAGUACAUUGCAAAGUCAUUGUUUUGCUUUCUAAGAAGAUAGGCACUGGGGCUAUUGGUAGGUUCAAAGGUUUUAUAAUUGUUCCGUAAAUUCUUAGAGCUUGGUGUCAGAAGUGGAAUGUGGCUGUUCUGUGUACCGUCUACUGUUUGUUAGGAGACCACUAGUCUUCAGCCAGUCAUGUCUAUAAUCUGCAUGUCACGUGGGAAGCGUUAUAAACAACGGUCGUCAUUGUUUAAGUGAAAUUUCGAAUUGGGCGUUAAACAACAAUCAAAUUAUAAAUAGCUAAAAUUUGCAACCAUAUUGAAGUUAAUUCAGGUUGCUUUUAUCUCAGAAUUAACUUUAACCGAUUCAAUUUAAUUAAUGUUUAGUUGCCGACAUUCAGCUUUUUCAGACGUGGAAUUACCUGUAUAAAGUGCUUUGUCAUUCACAUGUUAAGUCAGUCAUUAACUUGACCCAUCGUGCAGUUGAUGUAUAUGGUCUGUAUAUUGUGGCCUCGCGAAAAUGAGAAUAAAUGUGUACU